AUGAAUUCCCGUUUCCGUUCCAACCGUACGACAUCCAAGUGGGCUUCAUGAAAGCACUUUAUCAAGCGCUUGAUGGAGGCAAGAUUGGCAUCUUUGAAAGUCCAACUGGCACAGGCAAGUCCCUGAGCCUAAUCUGUGGUGCUUUGACGUGGUUGAGGGACUUUGAACAGAAACAAAGACAGGAAGUUGAAGCUUUGAUGAAGGAGCAGGAGGAGAAAAACAAGGCAAGGAAAGAAGAACCAGACUGGAUUGCUGCCUUCACCACAAAGCAAAAACUUGAUGAUGAAACAAAAACAAUCAAGGAAAGACAUGAAAAGAUGCUAAAGAAGGAGGCAAGACUAAAAGAUCUCCGAAAGGCGAGACCGACCAUCAAGUAUAAGAAAAAGAAAAGUGAUCUUGACGAAAAGUUUGACGAGUUGUUCAAGAAUGCACCGGACGAGAUCCGCCACGCUGAAGACGAGUUUGACGCCUUGAAUUCUGGUGAAGAUACGGACGAUCAUUUGGUUGUUGCUGAAUACCAUAGCGAUGAGGAGAAAGCAGACGUCAGUGAUGAUGAGGAGGAUGCUGGGGAGGAAGAUGAGGAACAGUGUACCAAGAUUUAUUUCUGCAGCAGAACUCAUUCACAACUGGCUCAGUUUGUCAGGGAAGUUCAGAAGAGUCCAUUCGGCUCAGAUACCAGAGUGGUCACCCUUGGCUCUAGGCAGAAUUUAUGCGUCAACUCUGCCGUGAAGAAGUUGAAAGCCUUGAGUCUGAUUAAUGAUCGCUGUUUGGAAAUGCAAAAGAAUAAAGCAGAGAAAAAGAUUGAGGAUGGAGGUAAGCGGAAAAGAAAGAAACUGGGAGGAAAGUGUCCAUAUUAUAAACAAGAAAACCUCUACGAUUUCAGAGAUAAAGUUUUGGUUGAAGUGAGUGAUAUCGAACAGUUAGUGACGGCAGGCAAACAGACCAAGGCGUGUCCUUACUACGGUACGAGGUACGCCAUUCCAGAUGCCCAAUUGGUGGCGCUACCGUACAACACGCUGCUCCACAAGUCGACCAGGGAGGCAUGCGGGAUCAAGUUGAAGGAUAACAUUGUGAUCGUGGACGAGGCACAUAAUCUGGUGGAGACUAUCAAUAAUGUAUAUAGCAUUGAGGUCACAGCAACACAGGUGACAUGUGCACACUCCCAACUGAGCCAAUACAUGGAGAGAUACAGAACUCGUCUGAAAGCUAAGAAUCUCAUGUACAUCAAGCAGAUAUUGUUUAUAUUGUCCAACUUGAUCAAGGCACUGGGCGGUCGGCCUGGACUGUCGGCAGAGAAACAAAAGAUAGAGAAACCUGAGGCGAAGCUGCAGACGAUCAACUCGUUCCUGUUUGACACGAGCCUUGAUAAUCUGAACCUCUUCAAGAUCAUGAGCUACUGCGGGAAGAGCAAAAUCUCAAAGAAGCUCCACGGCUUUGUUGAGAAGUACCAUCCAUCUGUGAACAUCCAAACGAAGCCUGAACAGAAAGAGGAAAAACCAAAGACUGGUCUGACAAACUUCCUCAAGGAAAUCAGCCAAGCCAAGGAUACGAAAGCCAGCGGGCCGAGUGAUGAGAACUUACCUUUUAAAGCUCCAAAUGAGGAGAGAGAAGGCAUCACGCUGUCCUCCCCUCUGAUGCACAUUGAGGGAUUCCUCGAGGCCCUGACCAACGCUGAUAAAGACGGUAGGAUAGUCAUCAAUAAACAAGGUUUAAUGAGUCGAUCCUCCUUGAAGUUCCUGCUGCUGAACCCGGUCGUUCACUUCCAGAGUAUCGUCGAGGAAGCGAGGGCCGUCAUCGUAGCUGGGGGCACCAUGCAACCGGUGUCUGAGUUCAAGGAGCAGCUUUUCUUCGCUGCUGGUGCAAAACCUGAAAGGAUACUAGAAUACUCUUGUGGUCAUGUUAUCCCUGCCGACCAUCUCCUUCCGAUCGCUCUUGCUAAAGGCACCACCGGUGUCGCCUUGGACUUCACAUAUCAGUCGAGAGACACAACUAAAACACUUGAUGAGCUGGGACGCAUUAUGUUCAACCUGUGCAACCUCAUCCCAGGUGGCAUUGUGGUGUUCUUCCCGUCCUACGACUACGAGCGUCGCGUCUACGCCCACUGGGAACAGAAUGGCAUGCUGGGAAGACUAAAGACGAGGAAGCAAGUUUUCCGUGAGCCGAAGAAUGCAGGACAGGUGGAGGCGAUUCUCAAGGAAUAUUCAAACGUCAUUGAGAAAUGUAAAUCAGGCGGUAGUUCAGGUCAGCUGACAGGUGGUCUUCUGCUGUCUGUUGUCGGCGGGAAAAUGAGUGAAGGGAUCAACUUUUCAGACGAUCUUGGAAGAUGUGUGGUGAUGGUGGGCCUCCCGUAUCCGAACAUCAAAUCACCAGAGCUCAAGGAGAAGAUGGAUUAUCUCAAUGCUAAUAUGCCUCGGUCACCUGAUGGUCGUCUCCCUGGUCAAGUGCUUUACGAGAACCUCUGCAUGAAGGCCGUGAAUCAGUCCAUCGGGCGUGCCAUCCGCCACCGCGAUGACUACGCCUGUAUCCUUCUGCUCGACCAGCGCUAUCACCGUGGAAACGUUGUCAACAAACUGCCGGAAUGGAUCUCGAAACAUUUGAAGAAGAUGGAGACGUUUGGUCCUGCUGUUGCUGCUGUCACGAAGUUCUUUACAGACAAGAAGUGAUUCUGUGCCAUGCAAGGCCGGCUCUCGUAACAGGUGUCACAUCUUGUGGAAGGAUAAAUUAUCUGCUGCCUGUGUGUUGGAAGAUUUUGAAUCUCAAAGACUGGCAUUAUUCUCCUUUGUGUUAGAAGGUGAAUUGUGUUGGUUGUGAAGAAAAAAGAUGACCGGCACUGUAAAGGAAGGAUUUGAGAAGAUUGUUCAGUCAUGUCAGACACUGUUUCAAGUUUGUUGAGGAGAAGUUCAGGGAAUGGUCAUUUCUGUUGUUGACCAGGGGUGAUUGUGUAUCGUCACUGCGUCUGUUUCUUUAAGCCAAUAGUUUUGUUACAAGCAGAAUGCUGCCUUUGCUUUGUUCAUUAUAAUUGUUAUGCUAUUUUGUAUAGGCAUCUACAAUUACCAUUGAUUACCAUAU